ACUCUUCCAUUCUCUAAAUCUUCACAUCUACUACACAAAACUCAUAGAUUCUUGAACAUGAAGUCGUCUCUCGUAUUAGUGAUUCUGUCCCUUGCUCUGGUCGUUGGUCUAGUUAAGAGCUUUGAUUUUCAUGAGAAAGAGCUCGAGACUGAGGAGAGCUUGUGGGACAUGUACGAGAGGUGGCGGAGCCACCACACGGUGUCGAGGAGCAUCCAAGACAAGCACAGGCGCUUCAACGUCUUCAAAGCCAAUGCUCACUAUGUCCACAGUUUCAACAAGAAGGACAGGCCUUAUAAGUUGAAACUCAACAAGUUUGCUGACAUGACCAGCCAUGAGUUCAGGAGCCUUUACGCCGGCUCUAGGGUCAAGCAUCAUCGCAUGCUGCAAGGGAGUUUACGUGGAAAUGGGACGUUUAUGUACGCGGACGUGCAGAGCGUUCCACACUCCAUUGAUUGGAGGAAGAGUGGGGCGGUUACUGCUGUCAAAGAUCAAGGCCAAUGUGGUAGUUGUUGGGCAUUUUCGACCGUGGUGGCAGUGGAGGGGAUAAACUAUAUCAAGACAAACAAACUUGUUUCCCUGUCUGAGCAAGAACUUGUCGAUUGUGACACUGAUCAGAAUGAGGGGUGUAAUGGAGGACUGAUGGAUUUAGCCUUUGAGUUCAUCAAGAAGAAGGGAGGUAUCACAACAGAGGAGAACUAUCCUUACAUAGCUGAAGAUGGAGAGUGCGAUGCCCACAAGGAGGAUUCUCCAGCUGUCGCAAUCGAUGGACACGAGAACGUUCCAGCGAACGACGAAGAUGCAUUGUUGAAAGCAGUAGCACAUCAGCCUGUAUCAGUUGCCAUAGAUGCAGGAGGUUCUGAUUUCCAGUUCUACUCAGAGGGAGUGUUCACAGGAGACUGUGGAACGGAACUGGACCACGGGGUGGCAGCGGUGGGAUACGGGACGACCCUGGACGGGACCAAGUACUGGAUCGUGAAGAACUCGUGGGGGCCGGAAUGGGGAGAGAAAGGUUACAUCAGAAUGCAGCGUGGUGUGCACGCGAAAGAGGGACUGUGUGGCAUAGCAAUGGAAGCAUCUUAUCCCAUCAAGAACUCUUCCGACAAUCCUGGAGCAGUACCUCAUACUAAAUCCUACCACAAAGAUGAACUCUAAGUUGUCUGAACUGGAGAUGGCCAGGGAUUUGGCAACUCUUCCUUUUCAUUUUCUUACCAGUUCAGUUCAAGAUUAUCUAUACCUCACAUUUGUUUGUCAACUUCACAGUUCACACAAGCUGGAUACCUCAUAUAUAUCUGUUGUGUUCAACGUUACAUUGAUGAAAUAAAUAUAUACUUUUUUCUUAUUGCAUUAA